GCGCGGCCUCACGAUCGUGCUGCACGGGCUGACGUGAAAACGUCACAGCGAAGCGAAACCUGAUCGUACGCAGCAGGUGUGGUCGAACGAGCGCCAUCACGUCUCCGAAUAUCGACUGACAACAAACAAAGUCACCUGUCUGCGUGUCCUGGAUUUAUGUGUACCAUAUCUAGCAGGAUGAAGGUAAAAAUAUGAGCAAAGAAAAUGUCAGGGAAAGGAAGCAAGCAACAGCAAAGACAGUUUCACCAAACAGAGCUAUAUUUCCAGGUCCCCAACACAUGCUAUCCCAUUGUCUACUCUCCAGAAUACAAUAUUACUUUUAUGGGCUUAGAAAAACUUCAUCCUUUUGAUGCAGGGAAAUGGGGGAAAGUUAUCAACUUUUUAAAAGAGAAACAUCUAAUAACUGAUGACAAUAUAGUUAAGGCUCGAGAAGCUACAGAGGAGGAUUUGCUGGUUGUACACACCAGGGGUUAUCUUAACAAGCUGAAGUGGUCCAUCGUGGUGGCUACAAUCACAGAGAUUCCACCUCUACUGCUUCUCCCAAAUUUUCUGGUUCAAAGAAAAGUACUUCGGCCCUUGCGGACACAGACAGGAGGAACAAUCAUGGCUGGAAAGCUAGCUAUUGAAAGAGGAUGGGCAAUCAAUGUUGGAGGUGGCUUUCAUCAUUGUUCUAGUGACAAAGGUGGGGGCUUUUGUGCAUAUGCCGAUAUCACAUUAGCCAUCAAGUUCUUGUUUGAGAGGGUCGAAGGAAUAUCCAAAGCAACAAUUGUUGAUCUAGAUGCACACCAGGGGAAUGGCCAUGAAAGAGACUUUAUGGAUGACUCUCGAGUUUACAUUAUGGAUGUCUAUAACAGAUACAUAUAUCCAGGAGAUGGAUUUGCAAAACGAGCAAUAAAAAGAAAGAUUGAACUGGACUGGGGCACAGAAGACCAGGAAUACCUCGAGAAGGUAGACAUGCAUGUGCAGGGAGCACUAAAUGAAGUUCGACCUGAUAUAUUAAUUUACAAUGCAGGCACUGAUAUCUUGGAUGGUGACCCCCUUGGGGGCUUGGCAAUUUCUGCACAGGGAAUUGUUAAAAGGGAUGAAAUAAUCUUCAAAGCUGCAAGAGAGAAGAAUAUCCCAAUUCUCAUGGUAACAUCUGGUGGCUAUCAGAAGAGGACUGCAAGGAUAAUUGCUGAUUCUAUUAUCAACUUGCAUAAUCUAGGUCUCGUGGACUGUAAUGCAGCUAGCAGUGAAGCUGGGCCCUCUCGUGUCUCUCUGCUGAUGAACACACCCUUGGUAGCAGCCACACAGUUGUCAUCCCACUGACCAUCAGCUCAUUGAUGAAUAGCAGUCUCUAAGUUCUAACUCUUACAAUUCUGUUCAGUUUAAUACCAACGUAGCAGAAACUUAUUUUGUGACUGCUCAUACUUAUUUGUGAAAGUAUCUUAGUUACAGUUAGCUAUGCAGUAACAGAUGUAUACCCUGCCCUUUUUCUGGAUCAGUUCAGCACACUUAUCUUAAUUUUCUUCUGGAAGAUGUCAAAUAUUCUUUACUCUGUGACCCUUAGGGAUUGAAUAAUAUUUUCAUCUAACUUUUCUAAGGUUUAUUGUACUUCUUCCUAAACUACAUAACAAUUGAUAUUUAAAUCAACUAAUCUGUUCACUGGCUCAGGGUGCACUGACUUGUUUUGGUUGAUGUUUACUUGUGGUUCUUACAUUAGUUUUAAUGCUAAGUGUAUCAUAAUAUGAUAGAGUGUACUGUAUACUGUCAUUAAAAUAAUUUUAAACUACAAUUAUGUAUGAUGAAUCCUAGUAGGGGCUUAUUAGCAUUUUUAUGACAUCCUCAGUCUUUCCAGAAAGAAUGAUCUUGUGUUGGGUUGGGGAGCUUAAUGCACAUUAAACACUUAGAAUGCUGAUUUGAAGCCAUAGGGCCACACUUGUACAUCCUGGGGCCUGACACAGAUUUGGGCCACAACCUCUCAUUUUACACAGCUGGUGAGUCAGUGUCGUUCACUGCCUGUAUGAGACAACAAUAUACAGUAUACUGUACCUUACUCUGGAUCCUAUAUUAGUGUGUUUGAGUUGCCCUUACAUCCCACAGCAGCUAUACAAAGUUGCCUACCGUCAUCAAAUGGAAAUCAGAACUAGUCUUAUCUGUCUCUCAAUUAGAGAGCUGGGCACAGCAAGGACUAUUGCGUUCCCUUUCAAGUUAUAUUUUCUUUUGUUGCCAGCAACAGACUAAUCCUAUACCAUACUUUAGUACAACCCACUUCAAACAAUGUGAAAUUAUUUAUUGUACACCAGUUUUUUCUAGUUAUUCCAUUGCCCCUCUUCAGCUUUGUUGUUCACACUUAUUUUUGGAGGUGCUGUUAUUGCUUUAAUGCCUGUCUGGUUUCCUUCUGCCCUGUUUCCUUAACCUCUCUAUAUUGGAUAAAAAUGGCAAUGUCAUGUCAGACAUUAGUCAUUGCUUUAUCUUAACCAAAUAGGGAUUAUUUAUGGAAACAAGCUUUCUGUCCAUAAGUAGAGGAAAUUUGUAGAUUAAUAUAUUACUGAAAGUAGGAUUUUUUUUUUCUCCACAAAUGUAAAGGUCCAUAAUAUGUGCACUGAAGAGCCAGCACAUUAUGAUCACCUGCCUUAAUAUACUGUUGCUAAUUCUUGCACCACCAAAACAGCUCCAAACUGCAAAGGCAUGAACUCUGAAAGACCUCUGAAUGUUUCCUGUCUGGCAGUAAGACAUUAGCAGCAAUUCGCCUAAUUCCCAUAAAUGAUAAGGUGGAACUGCCUCAGAUCGGAGUUGUUGUUCCAGCACAUCCCACAUCUUCUCCAUUGGAUUGAGAUCUGGGGAAUUUGGAUGCCAGGGCAACAUUCUGAAUUCUUCAUUAUGUUCCUCAAACCAUUCCCAAACAAUGGUGGCAUGUACUGCUGAAAGAUACAACUUCCAUGGAAUUUUAUUGCAUGAAGGGUUGCAUGGUCCGCAGUGAUGUUUUGGGUAGAUGGUAUAUGUCAAAUUCAUGUGCACAUGAAUGCCCAGAACAAGGGUUUCACGGCAAAAACAUUUCCCAAAGCAUUACACUCCUUCCACUGGCUUAUCUUCUUCCCACAGUGCAUCCUGGUGCCAUCUUUUGCCCAGGUAAAAGACAUUCACAUACCCAGCCAUCCCACUUAUGCAAUAGAAAAUAAGAUUUAUCAGACCAGUUGUUGUUUAAAGUGGGAUUCAUCCUGGAUCCAGUUUCAAUGCUCAUGUAGCCGCUGUAGGCAUAUUCAGUGGUAGCAGGGGUUAGCAUGGUCACUCUGACUGACCUUUGGCUGUAUAUCCCCAUACACCAUGUCAUGACACAUUAUUCCCAUAACCAUCAUUUUAAUAAUCUGCAGUUUGUGGCACAGUAGCUCUUCUGUUAGUUCGUAUCAGAAACGGUAGCCUUUGCUGGCCUCUUGCUUCGAUGAGUCUUGGCUGCCCAAUACCCUGUUGGCAGUUGGUGGUUUUUCCCUCCUUGGACCACUGUCAAUAUGUACUCACCAUUGUUAACCAUGAACACCUUACAAGCCUUGCCGUUUCAGAAAUGCUGUCACCCAGAUGUCUGGCCGUAAUUAUUUGGCCCUUAUUAAAGUCAUUCAAGUCUUUACACUUGACCACAUCUUCUGCAUUCAACAUGUUGAUUAGGUAUACCUAUUGUCAGCAUACCAUCUAAUACUGGGUGAUUCUAAUGGGUGGGGCCCCAAGUUAAGUUAAUGUCUUAACAAUGAAGCAGUUCAAAUGAAAUAAAGAUCAAUACUGAUGUGUACCUGAACAUUUUUGACUUAUUUGUGAAUGAACCGGAUGACUGUGAGAUCACUGCAACCUGUCACAUCUCAGCUCGCAGCAUGGCACAAAUUGAAAAGGGACUGUGGCCACCUUGUUCUCUAGACCUUUCACCUCAGGAUUUCUUCUUUUGGAGAAUGCUGAAAGGAAAAGCAUACAAAAUUACAGCAAAAUAUUGAACAAGAAAUUGCUGCCAUCACUCCUACAUUGCUUGCAAAUACCUUUGCCAAUAUGGAGCGCAAUGUCAAUCUGUGUUUGCAAGAAGAAGGUAACCAUUUCCAACACUGAAUGUGAUUGGAUCAUUUACACAUCUUUCAAGGUAUGCACUGUAUUUUUUUUUUUUGUUUCUGUCGCUUCAUUAUUACGUAACACAUCAUUACUCGGGGCCACGCCCAUUAGAAUCUUCCUGUAUAUGCUGAACCUCCACAUGUGUCACUGUUACAAAAUAAUCAGUGCCAUUUGCUUCAUUGUGGAAGUGGUCAUAAUGCUUUAGCUCAUCAGUGUAUGUGAUGUGCAUUUUGGAAAUCCCAUGUAAGCUGUUUUUCUCCCUACAAACUUGCAGGAUCGAGUAGGACAGUGGUAUAGGGGUUAGGUGCUGUCGAGUCUCAAGUUUGUACAUUCACCCAAUGUCUUCAUAGAUUUUUCUCCAGGGACUUCUGUUUUCUUCCAAAUUGCUUUGAGACUGUAGUUUUAAAAUGUAUAGUUGAUCAUUGAUUAUGCUUUCUCAUUAUGAACAUUUGUAUUCUCUCUGCUCUUAGUCUCGUAGCACACUAUUUCUGCAGGUUCAACAACAGAACUACAGAUGCCCAACCAUUUUAGGAAAGUCAAAAAUAAUAUAAUGGAAUCCUUUGGUAGGGAACUGCCAGGCUGACAGACAGAUAUGGGCAUACAAGGGAGAACAUUGUGACCCUUUGUUAUAACUGGAUGAACAGCAUGACUUGGAGUAAUCCUUUAUUAUCCUGUUAUUGUCAUUAAUUUGAGCCUCAGGACAGCAAAUGCACAGAAUGCCCAUACUGACUGGAUGACACUCGGGCUUUGGAUCCACAGUAGCUCCCUUACCAAAGGUUUCAGAGACUAGUGAAAAUUGCCAAAUAACAGAAUUUGUCUUGGUUUUGUUUUAUUUAUACUCAUGUUUCUCACUGUCAUUAAUAUCUUCUUUUGUGAAGUUUACAGUGGUUAAUAACAACAAAUUAAUCAUUUUUAAAGCCAAGUUAUGCAAACAGUUUAAAAGAAAUGUAAAUUUUUCGUAGUUUAAUUUCAGGUACUUAAAUGUAAUAAAAUCAGUUUUCUAUUGAG